AUGCUGGGCCAAUUCCACCGCCGCUGGGAUUGCUGGUACCUGAUAGCGUCCCAUAAAUUCAGCAUUCUGGAAAGGCGUCGAGUCGUCAUAGUCUGCUGA